AUGGACACCGUUCCGCUAAACCUUGGGGCUCAGAUGAUGCAUGGCGGUCCUCACCAACCACCGGCAGACUAUGUCCCUGAUGUCAAGCUGCUCUUCGUUGAAGAAGACAUGAUACAGACAGAAUCACGCAAUCGCCAUCAGGGCGGGAAUAUGGCUGGCGAGGAGUCUGAUACAUAUACCUCUGCUGCCGUGGGCCGAUCGCUGUGGUUUCGCGCAUGGGUGGGAUCACCCAUGCUCACCAAUCAUCGGCGCAUGUCGACGACUCUGGCUGAACCCUCGUCUUCGCGACUUUGUGCUGUGUUUUCUCGCCUUCUUACAGGCUGCUUAAUCCGUCCCAUGCAGGCACCAGCGCGAAACUCGACCAACGACGAGGUGUGCUACCCUGGCGGCCACCUUGGCGACCAGCAUCGCCUCAGCAUGCAGCAUGACUCUGCAUGGGCUGUCGAGUCCCAAGUCCAUCUCGAGCUUUCACGUCGACCAGCAAAUGAGCGGGCUCGCUUCCCAGCCAUUAACGCCUCAUGA